AUUCCGUAAAUGCUAAUUAUCAAAUUGAGUCAAAUUUUUUCACAUCUGAAAAAAUUAAACAUAAUGAAAUAAUUGAUAUUUGGGAAGAAGAAUAUGGUAAUGAAGAUAAUAAGUUAAAAUUUAAAAUUAUGAAAAAAACAUCAAAAAAAAGUCAUUUAAAGAAACAAAGUAUUGCUGGUCUUAGUUGUGAAAAAGGAAGUGGAAAGGUUCUUAAUGCUUUUUUAUUAUAUUAUAUUGAAGAUGGUGAUGAUAUUAAUUAUGGUUCGUUAAAAGGGAGGGUUGUUCUUAAAGGUACUGAUAAUAAAGCGAUUGAAAAAAUUAAAGAACAUCCUGAAGAAUUAGCAGCAGCAAUUUUUUCAAAAUCUCAUA